AUGCUGCUGCCAACCCCCCCCGGAACUGUCGAUGAUGGAUUCGAAUUCUCCAUGCCUCUUUGGGAGCAGACCAAAAUCGUCACUCAUCGGAUGAAUGUCGCGCUUUUCCGCAACACCAACUAUGUCAACAACAAGUUCUCCCUUCACAUUAUCUCAGCCAUGCUCAAUGGGUUCUCCUUCUGGCGUCCUGGCCCAAGUGUGUCAGCUUUGAACCUGAAGAUGUUCACGAUCUUCAACUUUGUCUUCGUCGCUCCCGGUGUCAUCAACCAGCUUCAACCCCUCUUCAUCCAGCGCCGUGAUAUCUACGAUACUCGCGAGAAGAAGUCGAAGAUGUACUCCUGGGUUGCCUUUGUCGCCGGAUUGAUUGUCUCCGAGUUCCCGUAUCUCUGCAUCUGUGCGGUUCUCUACUUUGCCUGCUGGUACUACCCCGUUUGGAGACUGCCUCAUGAGUCGAGCCGAUCUGGUGCCACAUUCUUCAUGAUGUUGAUCUACGAGCUCAUUUACACUGGUAUUGGUCAAUUCGUCGCCGCCUAUUCACCUAACCCGACCUUUGCUGCGCUUGUCAACCCCUUGAUCAUCAGUACUCUUGUCCUGUUCUGCGGUAUCUUCGUCCCAUACAUCCAGCUCAACGUGUUCUGGCGGUACUGGAUGUACUACCUCAAUCCCUUCAACUAUGUUGUCUCGGGCAUGUUGACCUUUGGCAUCUGGGGUGCCAAGGUUACCUGCAAUGAGGAUGAGUUUGCUUUGUUCGAGCCGCUCAACGGCACCACCUGCGCGCAGUACCUGGCGGAUUAUAUGUCCGGCGCUGACUCGAGCAUCAAUUUGGUCAACCCCGAUGCUACCUCGGCCUGCAAGGUCUGCCAGUAUACAGACGGAAGUGAUUUCCUGAGAAAUCUCAAUAUCAUGAACUACACCACCGGAUGGAGAGAUAUCGGUAUCUCGGUCAUCUUCGCGAUCAGUGGAUAUGCCUUGGUAUUUGGGCUUAUGAGGUUGAGAACCAAGGCUUCCAAGAAGGCCGAGUAG